GACAUCACUCUUCAACCCUUCUCCCCUCAGAAAUCAAGGCUUUGCACAGAUCUUUGCUCUCACGCUCUCCAGCUGAUCGAGACCUGACACCGUGCACCAUGGCAGGCAUAUGGCAUGACAUCCGGGACAGUGUCUAGAGUAAGCUUGGUGAAAAAUGGGCAGAUGCUGUUCGAAAUCAAAUUCCAAAAAAGAUGGGUACGGUGCAACUACUUCCGAAGAACUGCCUCGUAUUAGCGAUAUGGCAACUGGCACGAGCAACCUCGUACAGCCGCAAGGCGUAGCCACUGAAGUUGCAAAUGCUGAAACUGGCGACUCUCACUUACCAAUUGCAAUACAUCUAGAGCCGGAAGAUAAUUUGAAACGUGUGCUAACCGAGUUAGAUUGUCUGAUACGUAAACUAACCCGUCGUGUGACUGACGAGCCAGACUUGCCAAUCUCUGAAAUAAAAAUGGAAACUACAGAAUUGUCAACUAUACUGUCACGUCUUUCAAAACGUGUACGUCAAUUGGCCGACAUUUCUACCUGCAAUGAGAUUGCUAGGGAAAGUAAGUUGGACAGUGACGGGGAUGUGCAUGUUGCAAGCUCAGUGUCUACAGAUGACUUACUAGGACUGUCUUCCGUCGUUGUCAACGUUGAAAGGACUGAGCAAAACCACAAUUCAGUUAAUUCAUCAGGAAAGGUUUCUUCAACUUCUCCUGUGGAUGCUACAACGGAACACUACAUUCAUAAAGAGGAUACAGACACGUUGACAAUCAAGCAACUUGAAGAAAAGGUGGCUAACCUUGCUACUGAAAAUUCUUAUCUACAAAACAAAAUUCAAGAAAGGUUGGCUGCAGAAGAGGAAAUGAAAGCAAUGCUGAAGUCUCAUGAAGAAGAAAAUCUUCAAGUUAAUUGUAUUCAGGAUGAAAAUAAAUCACUUUUAAAGCAGGUCUCAGAUCUUCGUGAACGGUUGGAGUCACAAGCUAAGCGGCAAGUAGAGCAGUCUGGACUGUCAGAGUCACUGGGUGAUCCUCAAAGAUCCUCAGAGUUGGCAAGGCGUUAUACUGAGUUGUAUGACAGCAGUGUCUUACAAUUGCUGGAUCAGUUGGAUUCUUUUGAUAACCUUACUGAAGAUGAUUUGAAUCAUUUUGCUCUGGAAAUUUUUAAGGAAUGCAUUGCUGCUACAGAUCGAUGUAUUAUGAACCAAGUGUCAUCUGUCUCAGAGUUUCUACAUUGCAAUGAAAGCAAUAGAGGUGAGGUGAGAGACUCCAUUCGUGCAACAGUGUUGUUAAAUCUGAGGAGUAACAAAGAUAAGGCUAUAGACAUAAAUUCAAUAAAAGAGGAUGUUCUUCGUUUUAUUAAACUUCCUGUUCAGUGGUCUGAGUCUUGUGAGGAAUCAGUCAUCCAAAGUGUAGCAUUAUUUGUCAUGGACUGCCUUAAGUUCUUACUUGAUGUCAAAUGUCAAGGAAACUCCUACACGUUUGAAAGUUUUGAUGGUAUUCAAUUUCAGACAGACCGACACAGACGAUACCAUUCUUCAUCAACAACUGGAGUUCAUGUGAAACAAUAUGUCUGGCCAGCAUUCAUUGAUGUUUCUGUGGACAAGGUUUUAUGCAAAGGGUGGGUUAUAACUUGAUUUUAGGUGCAGAGAAAUAGAAUGCCAUGCAAAUUUUGUAUAAUUUGCCGAAACAGUUAAUGUUUCACCCAUUGAAUAUAUCAACAGAUGGGUUGCUCUAAACGUCAUGUAUGUAGCAGAUAUAAAUAAGACCCUAGCUCUGCUAGGAAUGAAUAUGUGGA